GAUAAAUUUUGUAAUCGUGGAAAACGAGCUCUAAAUCUCUAAUUAGGUACGGAAGUAGAAGUAGUAAUAAUCUGUAAUAAAAUGGGUGUGUGACAAAUAAUUUCCCGCCAGGCGUUUUCCCCUAAUCUUCCGUCUUCAAUUCUCUCUCUCACUCACUCUCUCAAUUUUAAUGUUUUGAUUGGAUUUCCGAUUUUUGUCGGCACUUUUCAAUCUUCCGAUCUAUCCGCCGAUAAUUUAGGGAGUAAGCGUCAGAGAGAUGACGGUGGCUUUCAAGCUGCUGCCGUCGUUAAUCGGAAAUGUAUCGCCGGAAUUAGGGUUUCCGAUUAAUUCGGGUCGUUAUAGGAUCCGAUUUGGUACUCAUUUUGAUAAUCGAAAAUCGAAAUUUGGGCAGCUGGUCAAAGCGGUGGGGAGAUUAGAUGAAACGUCGUCGUUAAAUGACGUUAAUGGUCAAUCAGAUUGUGACUGUACCAACGGUUUUCCUAACGGAAAGGGUACAUUUCGAAAGCAGAUGUCAACAAUUGAGAAAUCUACCAACAUUUUAUGGCAUGAAUGCUCGGUCAACAAACAUGAUAGAGAACAAUUACUACAACAGAAAGGUUGUGUCAUCUGGAUAACUGGUCUCAGUGGUUCAGGGAAGAGCACAUUAGCUUGUGCAUUGAGUCAUAGCUUGCACUCAAGGGGAAAGUUAAGUUAUGUCCUUGAUGGUGAUAAUGUUAGGCAUGGUUUAAACAAGAAUUUAAGCUUUGGAGCGGAAGAUCGAGCAGAAAAUAUUAGAAGAGUUGGUGAGGUAGCCAAGCUUUUUGCUGAUGCUGGUGUCAUCUGCAUUGCUAGUUUGAUAUCUCCUUAUAGAAAGGACAGAGAUGCUUGUCGCGCCCUAUUACCAAAGGGGGACUUCAUCGAGCUAUCAACUCACAGGUUUUUAUGGAUGUUCCACUUCAACUUUGUGAAGCCAGGGACCCAAAGGGCUUGUACAAGUUGGCACGAGCUGGAAAAAUUAAAGAUUUCACGGGGAUAGAUGAUCCUUAUGAACAACCUCUAAAUUGUGAGAUCGCCUUAGAACAGAAGCCAGAUGCUUGCUCUUCUCCAUGUGAAAUGGCCGAAACUGUAGUAUCGUAUUUGGAAGGUCAUGGAUACUUGCAGGCCUAAUGCGAUCAUUAUGUCCUGGUGCAAGACCUCUGUACCUGUCUAUAUCAGAAAUAAACCUCUUCGCCACCGAUUUUUGAAAUGCCAAAUUGGAAACUACUCGUUUCCCACACCCUGUAAUUUUAGGCAAGUUCUUUAUUCUCGUCCCGUCAUGUUAAAUCCAUUUAUUGUAGUUAAUUUAUUUGGUUGUGUUAAAAUCUCUUGUAGCUUGAGAUUAUAACAGAGAAUCAAUACUUUCUGUAUGUAUGGAUGCAUGAAUAAAAGAAAUUAUUUGUGGUUAGUUUAUGUAA